AUGGGGAUUUGCUGGAGUUGCACUUCUGAUAAGUCAAAUCCAACCCCUGAUGAUGACCCUCCUCCCCCAGAUGCCGCCCCUUCUCCUGGCCCAGCCCCAUUCUCAAUCCCAGAUCCAGACGCAGCUCCUAGCUCCGUAGGACAUCUUGAUGGUCCUGUUUACAUAUGCGGUAGGAAGAAUUUAGAACGGGAAGAACUCAUGACAAUUUCGAUUCAUGUUGUAUUGUCUUCCAAGAAUAUUCGCUUGCCCUUCAAUCUUAAUUCCAACCAAUCAUCAUCCACUCUGUCAUUGGUGGCAGAGGAUAGGCUAAAUGAGUGA